UAGUGUUUUGACUGGUGCACAGUUAGAGAAGAGAAGAGUAAAACUCAUCCCCUGCUCCAUCAGCAGCAGCGCGCGCUGAGAGCGACACAACAGGAACAGCGCAGUUGCUCAACCCCUGCAUGAGCUGCGGAGCCGCUCCAGCUGUGUCUCUGGGAAUCGAUGGAUUUAUAACAGACUGGAUAGUCACUUUUGAGUAUGGUCUCUCCGAGGGGUUAAGGGAAACAUGGGAAUACAAUUAAGAUUGUUUUGUCUGCUCGUGUGUUGCGAACUUUCGACAGUUUGCGCGUCCAGGCGCCACUUCAGGUUUGGGAAUAAGAGCCACUCUCGCUCCUAUAAUAACGCACUGAGGAGCCCACGGUCACUUCAGCCUCCCGGGGAAGUCUUUAAUAAAGUGGACAUAGAUCGUGCGCAAUGGUUAGACGGUUUGGCAUUAAACGUGUCCAGGACGUUUGGGGGAAAUGGCUUAGUAGAUGUCAGGACGGACAUUAAGACUGGAACACUUGACUCCAGCCUGUCCUGGAUACACACACUCGAAGGAAAGCACAUGGAAGACCCUGGUGUGUAUCAGCGACCCAGGAGAGCUGCGAGGACAAAUCAAAGUGAACCAGGAUCAAUCUCUGAGAAAUUAGAAAGCCUGCUUAAACCUUCAGCUCAGAAGCUGCCCACAGAUGUGCCGACUGUUUCCACUCCACAUCAGGCUGCGUUCACUACCCCUGAGGAGGACUACUGGGAGGACAGCACUCCGAUCGGCCCCAUUCACACCCGGCCCAGAGGUCCUGGGCUUCCGAACCCCUUUAAACCAGUCACAGGGGAAUCAUACGCUGCAUAUGCGAUCAUAUUAGUGUCUGUAAUCAUGUUCACAGCAGGGAUAAUCGGCAAUAUCGCAAUCAUGUGCGCCGUGUGUCAUAAUUACUACAUGCGCAGCGUCUCAAACUCACUGCUUGCCAAUUUGGCCCUGUGGGAUUUCCUCAUUACCUUCUUCUGCUUACCAUUAGUGAUAUUCCACCAGCUCACGAAGGACUGGCUGCUUGGAGAGUUUUCCUGUAAGAUUAUACCCUACUUUGAGGUGGCUUCCUUAGGAGUGACUACUUUUAGCCUUUGUGCUUUGUGUAUCGACCGUUUCCGAGCCGCAUCCAAUGUGCAGAUGUACUAUGAGACGAUUGAGAACUGUGCCUCCACUGCAGCCAAGCUGGUUGUGAUCUGGCUGGGUGCUCUGUUGCUGGCACUGCCCGAGCUGCUAAUCCACCAGCUGGUAACAGAGGAGAGAGAGGUGCCUGCUGAGGAGCUCCCUGGGGUGGCGAAUGAUAUGCUUCCCAGUGAGCGCUGUAUAAUCCGCAUCUCCACAACACUCCCUGACUCCCUUUAUGUGCUGGGACUUACUUAUGAUGGAGCCCGUUUAUGGUGGCACUUUGGCUGUUACUUCUGCCUGCCCACUAUUUUCACCAUUAUCAGCUCUGUGGUAACAGCACGAAAGAUGCGCCAGGUUGAGAGGACAAGUGUUCGAGGGCAGCGUGAGCAGAUCCACCUGGAGAGACGGAUGAACUGUACAGUCGUGGCUCUGGCCAUCCUGUAUGGGUUUUGUGUGAUCCCGGAGAACAUCUACAACGUUGUGUCGGCACACAUGGCUGUAGGAAUGCCACGCCACACUCUGGAUGUCCUACACCUGCUUAGUCAGAUGCUGCUGUUCUGCAAGUGUGCGGUGACACCUGUGCUGCUGCUAGCGCUUUGUCAGCCUUUCAGCAAAGCCUUUCUGCGCUGUUGCUGCUGCUGCCUGGAGGAAUGUGGCCCGCCAAAGCUCUCUAAUGGGACUAGUGAUGACAACGAGAAUGAGGCCACUACUGAGCUGGAGCUCUCACCCUAUAGCACAGUGCACAGGGAGGCAGCUAACUAUACUGUGAGCACACACUGCUAGGAGACUUGAACCUGUACACUUUAUACUACAUCAUACCCAAAGGAUACAACCAAUGCCAUGUUCUACACUGUCACAUCCUACCACACUUUUAUAAAGGGCUCAGACUUAUUGAACAGACCACUGUUAUAUGCCGUCUUACUUUGGGUUAUAACUAACCUGGCAUAUUUUAGGAGAUGCUUGGCAACAUAAAGACUACAUAAAGCAAUUGACAGUAAUAUAGGGCAGACUUUCUUAGAGUGGUAGCUGCUCGAUACUGUUUUACAGAAGAAAACCAUGAGCAAUUAACGAUAGUUUAAACAGAGUUCAUAGGGAUUAUGAAUUAACUUUUUUUUGCACAACUGUCUUAUACCUACGGUACAUGUUGAAAGUUUACAUCUUUAAUUUCUUGCAAACACAAUAUAGUAUUUUUAAGUCUCAUGGACAGUAAUGUUAAAAUAGCUGGUAGUUAAUAUGUUGUUGGGUAAUGGGAAAUGAUUCAUAUGAAUCAGUUAAAAGUUAAACCUAGCUGCCUUGCUAUGUAAGCAUUAUGUUCUUUCUGUAUUUAGUAGCAGGAAAAACUGCAUCACUUCAGCUGACACUGUAAAAUAAAGACUGCUAUU